AUGCCUCAAAUACCACUGCCGCCUUCUGCAACAAUGCAGACAUCUUCAGAGCCACCCAGAACGCUAUGGAUGGGCGAUCUAGAUCCCAGUUUCGACGAAGCCACAAUUCAGCAGAUUUGGGAAAAACUUCAAAAACAGGUCAGUGUUAAACUGAUCCGUGCCAAGAAAAACCUCCUCAUUCCAUGUAGCACCAGCAGCACGUUCAGCGAGACUGAAAACCCGGAUUCGAAAAAUAGUCAUUCCCGGAACGCACAAGAAGCCGACCUCAAUGUUGACGACGAUCAUGUUUCUCACGAUGCAACGACGGCAGCUACUGCAGCUACUGGCAACACCACUUCGAAUCAGAAAAUUAGUAUCAAUGGCGUUUCGUUCAUUGAUCCCAACACGACACAGCUUCACCAUGCUGGUUACUGCUUUGUGGAAUUUAACAAUCUCGCGGAUGCACAAUGGGCGCUGUCACUCAAUUCCAGUCCACUUCCUAACAUAAUAAGCCAGUCAACCCAAUUGGCAACAAACCCAUCCGGUCUGCGAAAUUUCCGUCUCAAUUGGGCAUCCGGUGCAACUUUGCAAAGCGCCAUUCCAUCUACUCCUGAGUUUUCACUCUUCGUUGGUGAUCUUUCUCCAUCCGCUACGGAAGCACACCUCUUGUCAUUAUUCCAAAAAAGCUUCAGAAGUGUCAAGACCGUACGGGUCAUGACUGAUCCCAUCACAGGUGCGUCUAGAUGCUUUGGAUUUGUCAGAUUCGGUGAUGAAUCCGAAAGACGCAGGGCGCUUGUCGAAAUGAAUGGAGUUUGGUGCCAAGGACGCAACUUACGCGUAGCAUAUGCUACUCCUCGUAAUAAUGUCAUGUGGCAACUAUCUCAAAACCAACAGCAGCAGCAGCAGCAGCAACCGCAGCAACCACAGCAACCGCAACGACAGCAUCAACAGUACCAGCCAUCUGCUCACCCACCACCGAUUCACGAUCAACAGGAACAGCCACUUCAGGUGCCCUUUCAGCAGCAUCAGCAUCAACCUCAAUCUCAACAUCAACAUCAACAACAACACCAACAACAACACCAACAACAACACCAACAACAACAACAGCAUUAUCAUAAUUACCAACAUGGCCAUCAACAACAACCACAACAACCACAACAGCAACAGCAACAACAUCUGCAAUCUUCUCAAGCUUUUUCAAACCCUUACACUCAGUUUCAAAAUCUACAACUACCUGGCAAUUACAUGGUGGAGAAUCCAGUUGCUUCAGUAUCGGAUAUUGGCGAUAGUCAAGCCCCGCUACUAAUGAGAACAGCGUCUUCAUUGGUCAACCACAACUUUGUGGGCUUUUCAAGACCUGCUAACGACCAAUCGCUCUCGUAUCUGCCCUCUACAGAUGGUACGGUGCCCACAAAUUUCUCGAACAACCAAGGACGAAACCAACCUGCUUUGCACAAUUCCAUCAACACCACGGUGUUCAUUGGUGGGUUGACGUCACAAAUCUCUGAGCGCCAAUUACACUCUAUGUUUGCGCCUUUUGGCAGUGUGAUCAAUGUUAAGAUUCCUCUUGGGAAAGGGUGUGGAUUUGUGAAAUACGCGAAUCGCAUAGACGCUGAAGCUGCAAUACAAGGCAUGCAAGGAUUUAUCGUGGGCGGGAACCCAAUACGAUUAUCCUGGGGAAGGACUUCUUCAGACAUGAGCAGAGGGCCGAUGAACGCUCAGGAAGUCCCUGCGUCAUUGUCAAAUAUGCAUGUUGAGUAUCCCUCCCAAGUUUGGAAUGAGCCUGAUGGUGGUCUUUCGCGGCGUUCUAUAUAUGCUUCAGCGUCCUCCCACUUGCAGAGUCAGGACGCUGCAUCUCAGGCAAACAGUGUCCCGCCUGUACAUCCGUCACUAUUGUGA